UAUGAAAGUUUAUAUCUUAUUUGUCAUUUUAAUUCUGACAGUGAAUACUUAUGCUUAAGAAGAUGAUGAUUUCAUUUUUGAUUCUAAUAGUGAAUAUGAUGAGACAGCUGCUAUAAGAUAUUGGUAUUUCUGUGCUGCUAGUUACUGUAAUCCUAAUGUUAUAGUAAAUUGGUCAUGUACUACACCAUGUAGUAAAACACCCUAUAUGGAUGAUGUUUAAAUAUUUGUUAAUGCAACUAAUGAAAAUGCAGGAUUUUCAGGAUAUGAUCCAAAACAUAAUGAAAUUAUUAUUGUUUUCAGAGGAACUCUUCCAUGGUCAAUUAAAAAUUGGUUUGAAGAUCUUAAUUAUAUCAAAACUUCUUAUCCUUACUGUACAAACAAUUGUCAAGUCCAUCGGUUAUUAUAUCUUAUUAAUAUUUAGAGGAUUCUACUACUCUUAUUUGGGAAUUCAAAAUUAAGUAUUAGAAGCAGCCAAAAGAUUGACAAACAAAUAUCCUAAUGCUAAGUUAGUUGUAACAGGACAUAGUUUAGGAGGAGCUCUUGCUACUCAUGCUUUAGUGACCUUAACUGUUAAUGGAUAUAGGAUUGAUCAUUAUUAUUCUUAUGGAUCACCAAGAGUUGGAGAUUCUGCAUUCUUCACUUUUGUCAAAUCAAUAUAUCCAGCAGCUAAAUUUAGAGUGACUCAUGAUCAUGAUCCUGUUCCUCACUUACCUAUGGAAGCUUAAGGAUUUCAUCAUAUUAACACAGAAGCUUAUUACAAAGAUUUUCUCAUCUUCCAUAAAGAGUAUAAAUAUAUUCUUAACAUUUAGUGUUAAAAUUUGUAAUGAUGAAUAAAAAGAAGAUCCAAGAUGCUCAAAUUAAAAUCUUGUUGAUUUAAGUGUAGAUGAUCAUUGCAAUUAUUUAGGAUAUAACUUAGCUGUAGGAGUACUAGUUUGUUAAUGAAA